GACUUCUCUCCACGCACCAACUUACUAGAGCAGAGUCCUAGAAUAGAGAAAAAUUGUCACCUGCAAUCCUCACACACAAGAAUGACUCACAACUCUCGUGUUGCCACGGUUGUGCCCUGGUCCAUCUUGAUGGUAUUGGUGAUUUUGAAUGGCUUAGUUCAGGAAGUGAGCGCGGCUGGAGAGUGUGGGAGGACCCCAAUCGGGUCGGCCGCCGCCAGCCUGAGUCCUUGCCUAGGGGCAGCUAAAAAUGCUCGAGCUAAGGUCCCGCCCGCCUGCUGCGCCAAAGUCAACGCGCUCAUCCGCACCUCUCCUCGGUGCCUCUGCGCCGUCCUGCUCUCUCCUCUAGCGAAGCAGGCGGGCAUCAUGCCGGCCACGGCUAUCUCGAUCCCAAAGAGGUGCAACAUCAGGAACAGGCCCGCUGGAAAGAAAUGCGGGAGAUAUACUGUCCCCUGAGUGACAAAUGCUGAGCCCGGCCCAAUCAAGGGGGAGGAUAUUGAUCGAAGUUAUGGCUUGAGAAAGCUAGGGAUUUACUAAAUAAGCUUUGCUAAUGUAAAAGGGCCAUUCUUUGUUUGAUUGGCCCAGGCCCAUUAUGGAAUUAUCUAUGGUAAUUAAUAAUUAUGUAUUUUCCCUAUCCCUUAAUAAAAAUCGUUUCCCAUGAUAUUUCAUA